GCACGGAGGACAUCCCGUCCUGCACAAAGAUUUUCGCAAACAGAUGACACGUCUUCCUCCUGCUCUUAUUCGACGGGCUGCUCACGAGAACCCGUUCCUACCUCUCCUGCUUCGAGUGUGCCGAGAUCUCCCCUCGGCUCGAAACGAGCUUCGAUGGCUCGAAGAAUAUGUUCAAGAGACAGUUGCUUCCAGACGACGGAGGCUUUAUGACAUGAGAGAGCGGUCUGGCGAUCUGGGAGAACAAGUCCCAAUAGGUCAUCAUGGAGCUAGGAUAGCUAGGAUCUCACGGAGCACCUUCACCGGGCACAAUCGGUGUAGAGUGCUUGCGAACAGAGGAAGUGUGACGGAGCGGAAUUUCUGUACAACUCAUAGCCCUCUGGCAGCACAACCCACUGGAAGCUCUAGGAACUCAGAGGGAAAGACUGUUAGAAGGCACAUAUACUCCUCUAAAGGCAACAAGAAAGAUCAAGCGUCACCAGGAAGGAAGAUAAGCAAAGGCGUUCAGAGAAGAGCCGCACGCAGAAACCUGUCAAAUACCAGAGACAAUGCCACGGCAGAAGAUGGUUCUUUGGCUCGCAAAGCCGUUUCAGACGGCAUGAGGAAUGGCAGCGACCAGCUGAUCCGGAAGUUCUUAACGAAAGCUGUCCACGACAGAUCGCGGGGGAAGCCACUGCAGCAUAUCCUCGGAAACCAACCUUUCGGCAAUCUAGAAAUCCUAACUCCCAACACAGUCCUGAUCCCCCGGCCUGAAACAGAAGCAUACACCGAAAAUGUUGCAAAUAUGCUUGCAUCUGCCGUUCAAGAGACAGAUCAAAGAGCAGGUGACCAUGAACCGCGAAACCGCCGCAAACUCAGGAUCUUAGACCUCUGCACAGGAAGCGGUUGCAUAGCACUCCUCCUCCACUCGAUCCUCAAACCACCACCAAAUUCUUUAUCGUCCACAUCCAGCGACCACCACUGGCCAUCGACAAUCGACCUGGAGAUCCUCGGUGUCGACUAUCACCCCACUGCACUCGAAGUCGCCAAUAGAAACCUUCACCACAACAUCUACAAGGGCCUUUUGCACCCUGAGGCGGCGACCGACAUUUCUUUCAUGCGUCAGGAUCUUCUCAGGUUGACCCUAGACACCAAGACUCGACGUGAUCCACACAUUCGAAGAACAUUCAAUCUCAACACUGAAGAUGGAUCUGCCAAAGCUGCUCCUGCUCCUACUGCUGAUCAUGAGCAUGGAGGUGUGGAGGGUGACGUCGACCCCGACUCACCCUGGGACGUCGUCAUAAGUAAUCCCCCCUACAUCUCCGAGAAAGACUAUGCCCCCGGCGGAACCACCGAACGCAGCGUCCGCAAAUUCGAACCCAAGAUUGCCCUCGUGCCUGAGAACGGCCCCUCUGUACACUCGGGAGAUUUGUUCUACUGGCCCCUCGCACAGAUCUUCGACGCCGUCGGCGCCAGGCUCCUGGUCAUGGAACUCGGUGGGGCGGAACAGGCGGCUCGAGUUCACAAAGUUCUCACCAAGGGUUUCAGGUUUCAAGCGCGGCGUGAUCCGCACGCGCUCUUCCUUGAAUGCUGGAAGGAUGAUGGUACCGUGAUUCCUCUUCCUAUAUUGGACUCGGGAAACAAAAUGGCCACCCACGACAGGCCCACCACCGCCGCAACAACAGCAUCAGCAGAGUCAGAGUCAGACGACGCGCCUGACCGAGCCCUGUUUCUUUGGUCCGGUCCCCUCGCUGUAUGGCGACGGGAACAAGUCGGGGAGACUGACGUUCCGCUUCGGUUCGAGUUUGGAAGACUUUACAUGCCCAAACCAGCCAAAGACCACCAGAGGCAGGAACCUCCAUUGGACCUAAUCAAGUCGCCUAAACCGAUCAAGACGCAGGACGAGGGUGAAGAACAGGUCUCCUUCGCGACGGCGAAGGAGGAGCAUCAUGAUCAUGGACGAGCAGAUGCGUUUCGAGAUUGAUGAAUUGUCGUUUCCUCUCCUUUCAGGUACAAGUGAUAUGUGCAUGACACGCUGAGAC